AUGAAUUAAAUUAGAGUUCUUUGUUAGAAUGAUAAAUGUAUAGAUCAAAUAAUCAAUAGGGUAUGUUUAAAUAAAAGUUGUAACAAAAAUAGAAUAAUUUGUGAAAGAUGUUUGAUUGAUCAUAAAAAUCAUAUAUAAGAUUGUUUAUUAAUAAGUGAUAUCCCAUAAAAUAUUAAUAAAAUAUAUAAGUAGUAAAAAGAUGCAGAAGCAGCUACAGAAUAAGCAAUAGAAAAUUUUUUGAAAAAAGUAAGAAGGUAAAUAGAAUAAAAAUUUGCUUUUUAAUUCUGCCCUAUUUUAUCAAUUUAAUUUAACUAAAAUAUUGAAGAUUGGACAUAAACUAAUUUUUAUUAGUUUUCUGAGAAAGUAUCUUAACUUGAUUUUGAAUCUAAUUAUUAUGAUAAAGUUUUAAAUGAAAAAAUAAAUCAAUUAAAUUCUAUGUAAUUUGAAGGUUAUUAAUAUCAACAAUUAUUUGUUUAAAAUUAAUCAUAGUCUAGAAAUAAGAUAAUCACAUAAGGUUUGUCAGCAAAACUUGAUAAAAAUUAUGGUAUUAGCAAUUUUUAACCACAAAUCUUAAGGGAAAAUGUUUAUAAAUCGAUUUAAAUUAAAGAUAAUGAAUUAAUCUCAGGAAAUGAUAGUAAAUAUUAAUUAUUAUUAAUCUAUAGUGUAAUGUUUAUCUAUUAUUACACCAAACCUUCUUGAUUUAGCAUUAGAUGAAAUAAAAUUGGUAUUCAAAUAUGAAGGGGAAUACUUUUUUUAAAGAUGGAAAGAAUAAAUUUGGUUUGUACAAAGGCUCUUUAAACAAUUGUAGCUUAUCUGAAAAUAAUCAUAAAAGAGAUUUAAUUCUUAUAAAUGAUUAAGCAUAUUAUGAAUAGAAUGAUAUAUAAUUGCUUUAAGAAGAAGAAUGUAAAGAAUUAUUUCUUCAUAAUGAUAUGAAUUCACUCAUGCUUAUUUUUAAAAAAGGAAUAGAUAAUUAAUCAUUAACCUUAAUAAAUUUAAGAGUAAUUAUUUUUAAUUAUUAUUUAGACUAAUAAAUAGGUAUCAAUAUAAUUAGAAUAAAAUUUCCUAUAAGUGUAUUUUUGCUUUAGUUUAUCAUGUUAAGCAAAAAUAAAAAUUGUUUGA